AUGCUCAAAAGAUGUGUAGAGCAGGUCCACACCCACGCAAGUCCUCUGCCCGUCAUCCCCCCUCUCCCCACCAUCCCCACUCUCUGCCACAGGAACUCUGCCCCCCACAGGCCCUCUUCCCACCACCCCCCUCCGCCACAGGCGCCCUCUUCCCCACCCCCCACAGGCCCUCUUGCCACCACAGGCCCCCUUGCCACCACCCCCACAGGCCCUCUUGCCACCACAGGCCCUCUUGCCACCACCCCCACAGGCCCUCUUGCCACCAUCCCCCCUCCGCCACAGGCCCUCUCCCACCACCCCCACGGGCCCUCUUCCCCACCCCCACAGGCCCUCUUGCCACCACCCCCACAGGCCCUCUUGCCACCACAGGCCCUCUUGCCACCACCCCCCACAGGCCCUCUUGCCACCAUCCCCCCUCCGCCACAGGCCCUCUCCCACCACCCCCACGGGCCCUCUUCCCCCCACCCCCCACAGGCCCUCUUGCCACCACAGGCCCCUUGCCACCCCCCCACAGGCCCUCUUGCCACCACAGGCCCCCUCCACCACAGGCCCUCUCCCACCACCCCCACGGGCCCUCUCCCACCACCCACAGGCCCUCUUCCCACCACCCCCCACAGGCCCCCUUGCCACAGGCGCCCCUUCCCACCACAGGCCCUGCCACCACCCCCACAGGCCUUCUUGCCACCACAGGCCCUCUUGCCCCACCCCCACAGGCCCUCUUGCCACCAUCCCCCCCCGCCACAGGCCCUCUCCCACCACCCCCACGGGCCCUCUUCCCCCACCCCCACAGGCCCUCUUUCCACCACAGGCCCUCUUGCCACCACCCCCACAGGCCCUCUUGCCACCACCCCCCACAGGCCCUCUUGCCACCAUCCCCCCCUCCGCCCAGGAACUCUGCCCCCACAGGCCCUCUUCCCCCCCCUCCGCCACAGGCGCCCUCUUCCCCCCACCCCCACAGGCCCUCUUGCCACCACAGGCCCCCUUGCCACCACAGGCCCUCUUGCCACCACCCCCACAGGCCCUCUUGCCACCACAGGCCCUCUUGCCACCACCCCCCACAGGCCCUCUUGCCACCAUCCCCCCUCCCCACAGGCCCUCUCCCACCACCCCCACGGGCCCUCUUCCCCCACCCCCACAGGCCCUCUUCUUGCCACCACAGGCCCUCUUGCCACCACCCUCCACAGGCCCUCUUGCCACCACAGGCCCACCUUGCCACCCUCCUCCACAGGCCCUCUUGCCACCAUCCCCCCCCCCCCCACAGGCCCUCUCUCCCACCACCCCCACGGGCCCUCUCCCACCACCCCCACCACCCACAGGCCCUCUUCCCACCACCCCCACAGGCCCUUCCCACCCCCCCCACAGGCCCUCUUCCCACCACCCUCCACAGGCCCUCUUUCCACCCUCCACAGGGCCCUCUUCCCACCACCCUCCACAGGCCCUCUUCCCACCACCCUCCCACCAUCCACCCCUCCGCCACAGGCGCACUCUUGCCACCACCCCCCCCACAGGCCCUCUUCCCACCACCCCCACAGGCCCUCAUCCCCCCCUGCCACAGGGCCCUCUUCCCACCACCCUCCACAGGCCCUCCCCACCAUCCCACCAUCCACCCCUCUGCCACAGGCCCUCUGCCACCCCCCCAGGCCCAUCCCCAUCAUCCCCCUCUGCCACAGGCCCUCUCCCCACCACCCCCUCUUGCCACAGGUCCUCUCCCCGCCAUCCCCUCUGCCACAGGCCCUCUGCCCACCAUCUCCCCUCUCUGCCACAGGCCCUCUCCCCACCACCCCCUCUUCCACAGGUCCUCUGCCCGCCAUCCCCCCUCUCCCCACCAUCCCCACUCUCUGCCACAGGAACUCUGCCCCCCACAGGCCCUCUCCCUCCAUACAACAGUGGAAAGUCUGGAGCCUGUGUGCCUCACGAGAGACUAGGGAUAAUUACCUGGUGCCUCCGGAGAGGUCCAAGAACAACACAAGUGUCUGUAAUUAA